UCCUCCUUCAGCUGCUUUCCCUUGAGUAGGCCUGAAUGAAGACAAAUGUGAAGAUGGCAUGUCCAAGGAAUUUUAAAAGAUGUAGACCUCCUGACUGAGCACUGCUGUGUAUUUUAUUCUCUUUAAUUAGAAAACUGCUGUUCUCUCACAAGUGAACGUCAUGAUCACGCUAACAGAACUCAAAUUCUUAGCAGAUGCCCAGUCAUCCUACCACAUACUAAAACCAUGGUGGGAUGUCUUCUGGUAUUACCUCACCAUGAUAAUGCUGCUAGUUGCUGUGCUCGCUGGAGCUCUCCAGCUUACUCAAACCAGAGUAUUGUGUUGUCUUCCUUGCAAGCUAGAAUUUGACAAUCAUUGUGCCGUGCCUUGGGAUUUAGUUAAAGCCAACUUUAACAUGUCGGCCAGCUCUACAGCGCAGAUAAUCAUCCCACUUAAAAUCCAGAACGAUCUCCAUCGGCAGCAGUACUCCUAUAUUGAUGCAGUCUGUUACGAGCGAGAGCUUCACUGGUUUGCCAAAUUUUUUCCAUACCUAGUGCUUCUGCAUACCUUUAUUUUUGCAGCUUGCAGUAAUUUCUGGCUUUACUAUCCUAGUACAAGUUCCAGGCUUGAGCACUUUGUAGCCAUUCUUCAGAAGUGUUUUGAUUCUCCAUGGACAACACGUGCCCUCUCAGAAACAGUUGCUGAGCAGUCUGUGAGGAAGUUGCCAAUAGCCAAAUCAAAAACAGCGAUUCCAUCACCUGGGAGUUCAGUAGAUAUUGGGGCAAGCAGGCAGUCCCUACCAUAUUCACAACCUGGAUUGGAAACAACUGGAAGAGAAAAUUCCUCAAGUGUUCUUGACAAAAAAGAGGGAGAACAAGCUAAAGCUAUAUUUGAGAAAGUGAAGAAAUUCAGAGUACACGUUGAAGAGAAGGAUGUCAUAUAUACAGUGUAUAUGAAACAGAUUAUAGUGAAAGUAAUUGUAUUUGUAAUAAUAGUAAUUUAUGUCCCCUACUAUUUAUCAUUUAUUACACUUGAAAUUGAUUGUGUAGUUAAUGUUCAAGCCUUUACAGGCUACAAAAGGUACCAGUGUGUUUAUUCGCUAGCAGAAAUUUUUAAAGUUUUGGCUUCGUUUUACGUUGUUUUAGUGAUCUUCUAUGGCUUAACUUGUACUUACAGUCUGUGGUGGAUGUUAAGAAGUUCACUUAAGCAAUAUUCUUUUGAGAAGUUGAGAGAGAAGAGUAAUUACAGUGAUAUACCUGAUGUAAAGAAUGACUUCGCAUUUAUUCUGCACUUGGCAGAUCAGUAUGAUCCUCUUUAUUCCCAGCGAUUCUCAAUAUUCCUGUCAGAUUUGAGUGAAAACAAACUGAAACAGAUAAAUCUUAACAAUGAGUGGUCAGUGGAAAAACUGAAAAAUAAACUAGCAAGAAAUUCCCAAGACAAGAUUGAACUUCAUCUUUUUAUGUUAAAUGGUCUUCCAGACAGUGUCUUUGAGCUGACAGAAAUAGAAGUCCUAAGUCUGGAGCUUAUUCCUGAAGCCAAACUCCCUUCAGCUGUGACCCAGCUAGUCAAUCUGAAAGAACUCAAUGUUUAUUAUUCAUCCCUAACUAUGGAUUAUCCAGCAGUCAGCUUCUUAGAAGAAAAUCUGAAAACAUUGCGUCUGAAAUCUAGCGAGAUGGGAAGAAUUCCAUUUUGGGUCUUUCAUCUAAAAAACCUACAAGAAUUGUGCUUAACAGGAUAUUUCAUGCUAGAUCAUCACAGCUCCAUAUACAACGAAAGCUUUCAGGGGCUAAAAAAUCUGAGAUCAAUUCACUUAAAAAACAACCUUUCCCGUAUACCUCAAGUCGUUACAGAUCUUCUGCCUUCUUUACAACACUUGUCUAUCAACAAUGAGGGAAAUAAACUGAUAGUCCUAAAUAACCUGAAGAAGCUGGUAAACCUGAGAACUUUGGAAUUAAUCUGCUGUGAUUUAGAGCGCAUUCCUCAUUCCAUUUUUACCCUAAACAAUUUGCAUGAAAUUGACUUAAAAGAAAAUAAUCUCAGAACAGUGGAAGAGAUAAUUAGUUUUCAACAUCUCAAGAACCUUUCUUGCUUAAAAUUGUGGCACAACAGUAUUUCAUAUGUCCCAGUGCAGAUUGGUGCAUUAUCAAACCUGGAACAAUUGUAUCUAAAUUAUAAUAAUAUUAAAAAUGUUCCAUUGCAACUAUUUCUUUGUAAAAAAUUACAGUAUUUGGACCUUGGUUAUAAUAAGCUAACCUCCAUCCCUGAAGAAAUUGGCUAUCUGACCAAUCUGCAGUACUUGGCUUUGACAAAAAACCAUAUUGAAAUGCUGCCUGAUGGAUUAUUUCAGUGCAAAAAGCUGCAAUUUCUGCUUCUGGGAAAUAACAGUCUGAUGGAUCUGUCCCCUUGUGUGGGUCAGCUACAGAACCUUGUUCAAUUAGAGCUCAUUGGAAACUAUUUUGAAUCAGCUGAACUGGAAGAAUGUCAGUUCUUAAAGCGGAAUAGUCUGAUUGUUGAAGAAAGAUUGUUAAAAACACUUCCACCUCGUGUGAGAGAGCGUUUGCAGACAAGCUCAGAUAAGUGCUAA